CCGCAAAAUUGAUGACGUUCUCGGGAUGGUGGUAACAUGGCGGCUGUUGGGUGCAAACUGAUGGAACGGAAAGAUAUGGGUGAGAAAAAUGUCACAAAGUUAGCAUUAUCGUGCAAAAGAAAUGGAAUAAAUCAUGGCUGUUACUGUGAAGAAAAGAUGGAAACUAGGAAUACUUGCAGAUCUCAGUUAUUUGACAAACUGCUUAAGAUAAACGGCAACGUAAAGGCGAACAAUAACAACUGUUUUCCCCGUCCGUCGGUCCCUUCUUUAAGAUCUCGCCGUGAACGGCAUUCUUCCGGACCAGAAAUUGUUAAAAGACGACGUAGGUCAUCCAGACAUGAUUCAGGAGAUAUGAAGUCUGGGGAGCCGCCAGACAAUGGGCCACUAACACCAGGUACCCCAGAUACACCAGAUUCUCUUGAGGUAGCCAAAAUAAACCAGAACUGCUACAAAGUCAAACACAAAUCCACCAACAGUGUACCUCACACCAAGGAUAUUGCAGAUUUAUUCCCGCUAGUCUCUGGCACAAAUGGCCAUGUACAAGUGACACCUGACAGUUCAAGGUCAUGUACUCCAAUAUCAAUUGGAGCUUCCGUACCUAGUCCUGGUUGUAGUCUGAUUGGUAUUCUUGCAGGAAAAGCGGACACAACUCCAUCCAAAGAAACUUCUGGUCCAAUUGAAUGUCAGUGGAAAGAUUGUAAUAUUUUUGUGAACAAUGGUGAAAUUAUGGAACAUAUACGUACAUGCCAUGUGCAAUCUCAAAAAGGCAAAGAAAAGGUUGUUUGUUUGUGGACAGGCUGUAAAGUUUACAACACGCCUUCCAGUUCGAAAUCCUGGCUGGAUCGCCAUAUACUCUUUCAUAGUGGCGAUAAGCCAUUUCGAUGUAUUGUUGCUGGCUGUGGGGCAAGAUUCACGACUCAGGGAGGCCUUGAACGACAUGUUAAUAGUCAUUUCAAUGCUCAAGAGCAGUCACCCAAUCAGAAACACUCAAAACACGGCAGGGAAGACACCCCAACUAAAUUAUUCAAGCGUAAAAGAUUGAAGCAGAAACGGCCUGCAAUUAAAGUUAAGACAGAGGAUUAUUUUGACACAGGUGUAAUGGAGAGACUCCAGCAGCAGCUCAAUGUUAUAACAGAGAGGACCCAGCUUGAUCUCAAUGGCAGUAACAACUCUGUCACAUUCCACAGUUCUGUGAUUGCUAGAAGGAAGGAUGAUUCAGGGAAAGCUCAAUUCCUCCUUCAAUGGACACCACAAAAUAUUAUACCAGAUCAGUGGGUGUCUGAGUCUCAGGUCCAAUUCUUACAAACACGCAGCAUUCCCCUGAACUGCCUACCUCGAGACCGUCUCGUAAAUCUUCACCCUUCAUUAUACCAUGAACAUCGUUACAGAAAACAUCGAAGGAAAUGAUUCAAUGCUGAAAAAAUCAUCAUAAGCCUUCAGUUGCAAAGUCAUCAUUUCAAAAUGCAAAAGCAAGGGAAGUUUCCAUGGUUCGCUCUAUUGAUAUAGCAGUUAGUCCAUGGUAAACAGUAAGUCUCACAUGCUGGAGAAUAUUACAUGUGGCAAGUGCUAUUUAUAGAAUAAUUGUGGCCUUUCUUAUGCAUCAAGGGAUCACAUGAUUUGGUCUAUUUAUAGUAACAUUUUGACUUUUUAAUGAAUUGCUGAUUACUUAUAGAAGUAAUAGAUUGAUGGUUUAUAUAUUAAGUGUUGUGACCAGGACAUGUACGGGCUAUAAAGGCAUCAGGAUGACAGCUGUUCAUACAAUUGUAGAAUUAUACUGCAAGAAAAGAAAGCUGCAAUACAGUCAUUUGAUCACAUGACAAGGUCUUUCUCUUUACCCUGGUUAAUCAAUUGAAGACCAAUGAAAAAGGAAUGAAAAGCUCUGUUUAGGAUGUAAUGGUCAGGGGAAGUGACUCAUCAUUUUCAUUUUACGUGUUAAAGGUUGCAUCAAACUUGCAUCUCAUUAUACACACAAGAUAUCAAUAUUUCUGGCAGGAAUUUUCUUGGCUAGAAAUGCAUAUUUUUAAUCAAAACACUGCCAAAAGAUCACAACAUUCAGAGUUAUUUAUAGUAUUAUAUCAUGUUUAACAUGGCAGUCAUAUCAUGUAUUUAGCUGAAGUGUCACAUGACCAUGUUUGUGUAUUUUUUAUGUUUCAAGCUCACCUAUAAUUAGGCUCUAUUGAGCCAAACAUAAAGGUUGAUGUUCGAGAAUGGUAGAUAUUUACUUUCUGUGAAACAUUUUUUCUUCUUCUGUUUUGCAACAAACUUUAUGAAAACUUGUUGAUAUAUCAGUUUAAACUCAUUUGAGCAAGUGUGAAAGAUGAUUUUUCUAUCUUUACUUUUGUCAAUUAUAUCAACAGAUUACUAAAAAUAAAGUUGUUAAGACAAAAAUGUGAUAAAAAUGACCUGCUGGAUAAUAUUUCCUCAAAUUUAAUCUUUUAUUUCCUUAGUUAAAGAUUAUUUUUCAAGUGUUAAGAUUUUUUCUAAGUUGUUUUUUUUUUCACUCCAGAAUUUCUCCUUUGUUUUCUUCAUUGGGUUGAAUAUUUUACAUGCUAAAGAUGAUAAAUGAGUAAUAUUAACAAAUCUUUUUCAAAGACAAAAGUUUAGGCAGUAUUUUCCUACAUUAACUGUUUUAAGUUAAUGCCUUACAACAGCACAUACUGGUAGAUAAAACAACUUCAUGUAUGACACUAUAUUUUUGUAUUUUGAAAAAUCUUUAGUUUUAGGCAAGGUGAGCAAAUUUGAACUGUCAAGUUUCUUUGAUUAUAAUCUUGUGAUAGUAUGAAAGGAUAAAGUUACAUCUGACGUGUUACGUGUUUACACAAGACAUUUUGAUAAUUGAGCCGUGUCACGACAAAACCAACAUAAUGGUUUUCGACCAGCAUGGAUCCAGACCAGCCUGCGCACCCGGGCAGUCUGAUCAGGAACCCUGCUGUUCGCUAUCAGUUUCUUUACUUGUUAUAGGGUCUGUAAGCGAACAGCAUGGAUCCUGAUCAGACUGCGCGGAUGCGCAGGCUGGUCUAGAUCCAUGCUGUUCGCAUACACAUUAUGUUGGUUUUGUCGUGACACGGCUCAUAUAUAUUUUAUACGUGGCAAGGGUAUUCCUGUUACCUUAUUUUUAACAGUACUAAUGAAAUUAUGUAUAAGUGCAAAUUUCUAGAGUAUGCUGUCGGAAACUGACAAACUUGCUGUUGACAUUAGAUACAAGGGUUCUUCAGAGCUGUCAUGUAACUGAAUAAACUUAACCCUUACAUGGCUAAAGUUGUAUGUAUAUGAACUUGCCCAGUUUGAAUUUGGAACUUUCCAUUGUUACUUUAAGGGAUGAAAAAUUGAUUUUAAACAUCUUGAUAAUGUGCUGUCGACAGUAUAGGCCCAGGUCAGACAACAUGUAUAUGCUUGGCUGACCUAGGACGGUAAUGGUCACAUUGUCACACAGUAUACAACUAUGAUUCCAUCAACAAAUAAGUUCAUAUUUUUUAUUACCUUUUUAUUACACAGCCUCUCCCUUUUUACAAAGUAUCCAUAAGUUUAUGUUAUUAAAAAUUAAAUAUUUUUUUUACUGUACUAUAUAUGGGCACGUCAAGUUGAAAAUAUUGUCAGAUGUUUUCCGUACUCAGUAAACCUUCUUUGAUGUUGUAGUUUUUAAUUGUAAAUUGUUUUUCAAGAAAUUAAAUAUUUAGAUAUGGUAAAAGGGAAAUGUUUUUCCAUAUACUUCACUUGGCUUAACUUAAGUAAUUGGUUGGUUGUAAAUUUAACAUUAGCACUUUGAGUUCAAUCCUUGUACUGAAUUCUUGUUUCAUGCUUGAAGAUUAGAAGAAUACAUUCUGGUCUACUGAGAGUUCACUGAAUGUGAGUUUUACACUCCGUGGUUUUACACUUCAUAAGUGAACAAAUUGUCUGUAAAUUGAGCAAAUUAUAUUACUAAUGUGUUAACCAAACUGUAAAAUUGAACCACAGACUUCACUGAAAUGAAAGUUUAUUUUCUGUGAAUAGAAAGCUAUUUAUCAGCUUGUAACUGACAGCAUCUUAUACUUAACUGAAAAUAUUGUUAGCAUAAGAUAGCCCCAGAUUUUUACAAUAUUUACCAUCAUAGACAAAAGUGGCAGUCAUAUUUGGGGUUUAUUUCUCAAUAUGAAUAAUUAACACAGUAUAAAAAUAAGCACAAGUAUUGAAGGAAAAGAUAUAGGAAAAUAGUCCUUAUUCUUUUACAUUAUGUGAAGUAAAACAUCAUUAAAGCGCAAUAUCAAAAAGUUUUUUUUGUAUCAAACUUUACAUGGAGAUGAUGGAAUUGUUCAAGAUUUUAUCUUAUGCAUAAUAUAUAUUGGGAAUGAACCUCAAAAUAACACCCAAGGGAGAUAAUGCAUGCUGCAUGAAAACCAUCUAUUUUGAAAUGUCUAUAUCAUCGGUGUAUAAUCAUAUCUUGUCCACAUUCUGACAGUUUAUUUGAAUAUUUUAUUAUUGAAAUAUUUUAACAAUUGGAAGUUCCGACUUCAAAGUAAAGCAAGUUCAUGAGACAACUGGAAGGGUUUAAGUUCUAGAGAAUUUUACAUGUGAUGUUUGUCAGACUAUUUGUUAGAUAUUUUUGCUUGAUGUUAUAUACAUGUUUCUGUCGCAAGUUUAUUGUAUACUUGAGACAUUAAAAAUACCCAAUAUUAAAAAAUGUCAAUAUUAACCAACUUUUUUAACCACCAGUAAUAUGUCUGUUUCUGUCACAAGUUUAUUGUAUACUUGAGACAUUAAAAUACCCAAUAUUAAAAAAUGCCCAAUAUUAAAAAAUGGUCAAUAUUAAAAAAUGCCCAAUAUUAAAAAAUGGUCAAUAUUAACCACCAGUAAUAUGUACGUUUCUGUCACAAGUUUAUUGUAUACUUGAGACAAUAAAAAUGCAUGAUUAAUAUUAACCCAAUUUUUACCACCAGUAAAUAGGUAUUAAUAUAACUUUUGUCGGAGAGAAAUAAAACAGUUUUUCCAUUCAGAGAACAAAGAGCCUGUUCAAUAUUUAUGUUAGUUCGAAAAUUUUAUAGUUAUCAUACUUGAACAAAAAGAUUUAUGGUUCAUUUUUCAUAGACAGAAAGCAUUCUUUUUAAAUCACAUAAAUAAAUGAGCCAUGCCAUGACAAAACCAACAAAAUGCAUUUGCGAUGAGCACGGAUCCAGACCAGCCUGCGCAUCCGCGCAGUCUGAUCAGGAUCCAUGCUGUUUGCUUACAAAUCCUAUUACAAGUAGAGAAACUGAUAGCGAACAGCAUGGAUCCUGAUCAGACUGUGCGGAUGCGCAGGCUGGUCUGGAUCCAUGCUGGUCGCAAAUGCAUUACGUUGGUUUUGUCGUGACGCGGCUCAAAUAUGCUGUUUUAUUUUACAAUCAAAGAGAAUUUAUUAUUUUUAGAACAAAAUAAUUUCAAUCUCACAUGCAUAAAGAUACCAUUCACUUUAUAAAACGGCCUAUCUAAAUAGAAUCCCCUCAGUCAGACCUAUUUGAAUUGCUGUAUUAUCUUAAAAUCUACAGAGAUUAUGUUUGCACUAAGAUAAGUUUUCUUUAAUUGUAACAAAUCUGUAGGUUUAAUGUUUAUGUUAGAUAAUUGAGUUAUAAGAGCUUAUUGGGGGAAAAACAAUGAAGAAAAUGUAGAAAUUGUUUAUAAAGGUGUUGUUAGGGGCCAAUGUUUAAUUAAUCAUGUCAUAUACAUGUAUCAGAGUGCUUUCAAGUUGAUAUUCAAAAUUAUAGGGGACGGUCUCUGUGUCUUGCAUCUUAUAUAGCUGAUUUGUCAGACUGAAAGAUUUAUCUGUCGAGAUUAUUAAUAGCAUGUUCUAGCUACCUGAAAUAGUGUAUCGGUCUUCUUGCAUGUAAAAAUUUAGUUCUGUUGUAAUGAUUUGUGGAUCAGAUUCUUGUAAAAUAAAUGUUUAUCAAUAUCAAGUUUUAGAAAAGGUUUUUAAGUCUGUCCAGCCUCUAUAUCUUCACCUCUCUGUGUUUACUUUACUUCUGGGACAAGGAGUACAAAAAUCAUUUGAAAAAUAAAUAGGAAAGUCUUAUUCUGAUAUUAUUGUAUUAAUUACUUUUCCCCAAAAAUCUUAACUUUGCAUUGACAUCUACUUGAAAGCACUCAGGUCAUUUAUAAAUAAAAGGGUGAAUAUAUGCUGAGGACAAGUUAUCAAGAAGGCAAUUUAUCUUGACUCUUGACAGUUGUGUUGGACUAUCUGCUGAUAAUGGAAAUGAUGGUAUAAUUGUCUUUAUUUAUUAUACAGAAAAAAAGCUAAUGAAAUGAUUGAAGGUUCAAAAUUCAAAACUGCUUAAUUGUAUAUGUAGAAAUAUAUUUAUUCAUUUGAGCAGCGUCACGACAAAACCAACAUAAUGGGUUUGCGACCAGCAUGGAUCCAGACCAGCCUGCGCAUCCGCGCAGUCUGAUCAGGAUCCAUGCUGUUCGCUAUCAGUUUCUCUUCUUGUAAUAAACUUGGUAAGCGACCAGCAUGGAUCCUGAUCAGACUGCACGGAUGCGCUGGCUGGUCUGGAUCCAUGCUGGUCGCAUACCCAUUAUGUUGGUUUUGUCAUGACGCGGCUCAAUUAUUUUAUCUUUUAUUUUCAUUUUUUAUAAGCCAGUGUCAGUUUUUUUAACGUUGAUAUGUUUUAGGUAAGAGGAAAAUAACUUGUGUUGUAACAUUUCAUUUUGCCAGAUUUUGUUUUUCUUCGAGUCCCACUGUACAAAUAUCUUAUUAUUAUUUAUUUACUGAUGUAGUUACCUCAAAAAUUCUCUGCUGCAAUGUAAUACCAUUACAUUACAUGGUUAAUAAUUUAUUCAUGUUUUUGUCAGCUUAAUUUUAAUGAAUAAUAACCUGAAAAAUUGGAAGUUCAGCAAAAAAUAAA